GCUUGCAAGGUUGAGGGACAAGCGCGCUCCCGCGGCUUGUGAUGUGGCGCCGUGCGCGUCCCUGUGACGUGUGACGUGGCCCAGCGCUUGUUGGACAUGGAGGCGGCCGUGGCAGUGGUUGUGGUGUCGGUGCUGUUGGGAGGAAUUAUCCUGCUUCUGGCCUUACUGGGAAAGCGCCCACAGAGCGACAGCGAACAGGACCUGAGCGCCAAAAAAGCAAAUGGAGAAGCUGCACCAGAGAAACUACCGGCAAAGAAGCCAAAACUGCAGAAGCUGCGCAAAGAAAAGCCCCAGCAACACAAUUUUACACACCGGCUCCUUGCAGCCUCUCUCAAGGCACACAGUGGGAAUGUGACAUGCUUAGAUUUCAGCAGUAAUGGUAAAUACCUUGCAUCCUGCUCUGAUGACAGAACAGUGAGGAUAUGGAGCACCAAGGAUUUUCUAGAUCGAGAACACCGCAGCAUGAGGGCUAAUGUAGAGUUGGACCAUGCUACACAUGUUCGAUUUAGCCCAGACUGUCGGGCAUUUAUAGUUUUCUUGGCUAAUGGUGAGACCAUUCGGGUCUUUAAAAUGACCAAAAAGGAAGAUGGCUUCACCUUCACAGCGGCUCCUGAAGACUUUGCCAAGAGACAUAAAGCCCCCAUUAUUAACAUUGGAAUAGCAGAAACUGGGAAGUUUAUCAUGACCGCUUCAAAUGACACCACUAUUUUAAUUUGGGAUUUAAAGGGCGAGGUACUGGCAUCAAUCAAUACCAACCAGAUGAAUAAUGCAUAUGCUGCUAUCUCUCCUUGUGGGAGAUUUGUGGCAAGCUGUGGUUUCACUCCAGAUGUAAAAGUUUGGGAGGUGUGCUUUGGAAAGCAAGGAGAAUUCCGUGAGGUGUCUAGAGCAUUUGAUCUGAAGGGGCAUUCUGCCGGUGUGUAUGGAUUUGCUUUCUCCAAUGACUCCCGCAGGAUGGCUACUGUAUCUAAGGAUGGGACUUGGAAGCUGUGGGAUACAGAUGUUGAAUACAAAAAGCAGCAAGACCCGUACCUGCUGUACACAGGGCAGAUCUCUGUAAGCAAUCCCUGCCGGAUAGCUCUGUCCCCCGAUGCUCGUGUUCUGGCCAUUUCCAGCAUUUCCGACAUUACAGUGUUCAACACACGAACAGGGGCAGUUGAGGAGGAGUUCCAUUCGGUGCAUGGGGAUGUCAUUACGGACCUCCUUUUUGAUACCAACAAUAGAUUCCUGGUCUCCACUGGAGAUCGCGCUAUACGUGUGUUCCACAACACGGCAGGGUACAGAGCAGCCAUUGGUGACAUGAAGGACAUGCUAAAGAAAGCCACCAAUAAAGGCACAAAAGACAGGCUACAACAACAGAUCAUUGAUGCACAGAGUGCCCUGGAUGCUGUGUGCAAGCAGACAAACUGAUGGACCUUCAACACCUUUUUUUGUUUUUUUUAACAAAGAUAUUUCUGUAUUCUGCAUAAAUUAAAUUUCCUGUGGAAUUCA